CGCACCACAACAAUAAUACCGCCGCUUGCCUCCCAGGUCAUGAAUAUUCACAUCAAAGCCGCCUUGCGUGCGUUUACGUGAUGACGCAAGGCGGCCACAGUGGAUCCCGAUUGCUGCAGCCGCUUGUCAGUGUGAUGAAGAUUGGCACUCAGCCUGCCCAUAUAAUGCUUCAGUGUUGGCAGUGGCUACAGUGAACACGAUGGCAGGCCAGCCUGUGUCAAUGCGCAAGUACGAGGAGAGAGUUCACCAGGGGGUCGAACAGACAACCGGUGAUCCAGACACAGGAAUGGGGAGAACCUGCAACAAUGCUCUAGCUGAGUCCAGUCGCAUGGAUGCAGAUAAAGCUUCCAUAUACGGGCAUCCGCUCUUUCCUCUCCUCACCCUUCUGUUCGAGAAGUGUGAGCAGUCCACUCAGAGCUCAGACUGUGUCACGUCGGCGAGCUUUGAUAUCGAUAUCCAGAAUUUUGUACACAACCAAGAGAAAGAGACCAAGGCUUUCUUCAGCGAAGACACUGAGCUAGACAGCCUGAUGGUGAAGGCCAUUCAGGUUCUCAGGAUUCACCUGCUGGAGCUGGAGAAGGUCAGCGAACUGUGUAAAGACUUCUGUAGCCGAUACAUCUCCUGCCUAAGGAGCAAGAUGAACAGCGAGACGCUACUGAGUAUAGAAACAGAUGGCUCUUACUCUCCCCUGCACGCACAGGAUACCCAAGGCACUGUGGUUCCUGCCUCACCUAUGCAACAAGUCAACGUAUCAGCAGUCAGUCAGUGUCAAAUGGUUUCAGGUGGUGCAGUGUACCAACCCAUCACAGUAGUCACACCCCAAGGACAUGUCAUGGCUCAGACCAUCGCACCGAACAAAAUACACAUUCAGAACUCCCAGCAUUUACAGCUGCAGAUGAAUCAGGAUUUUGGUUUCUUCAGCAACGAAGACAGUUCUUCUAAAAACAAGCGUGGAGUUCUCCCCAAACAGGCCACCAACGUCAUGCGCUCAUGGCUGUUCCAGCACAUCGCGCACCCUUAUCCUACUGAAGAUGAGAAGAAACAGAUUGCUCAUCAAACCAAUCUCACUCUGCUGCAGGUCAACAACUGGUUCAUUAACGCACGGAGGCGAAUCCUGCAGCCGAUGUUAGACGCCAGCUCUACAGAGAUGCCCAAAACCAAGAAGAAGACUCCACAGGCCCGCCCUCUACAGCGCUUCUGGCCCGAUUCAAUCGCUUCCUCCCAGUCACAGUUCAACAUGGACGAAGGUACAGGCGUUAACAUAGUUACAGUUGGGAUGAGCAUGGAUGGCUAUCAAACUCUCUCCUCGGAUGGAGCUACACUCGCCAUGCAGCAAGUCAUGAUGGGUAAUAACAGCAAGGAGGAUACAGAUGUCAGUGAGGAUGAGGAUGAUGAUACACAUCUGUCUUCAACUAACAUGGCUGAUCUGGGCCUGAUUGACUGACUCUCUCUCUCUCUAUGUUCUCUGUCUUUCUCUCUCUCUCUCUCUCUCUCUCUCUCUCUCUCUCUCUCUCUCUCUUACACACACAAAAGGCUUGACAUGGAGCUGUCUUUGGCAAUUCUGAUACUCUUGCACUACAAAGAGGAUCUCAAAAAUAUCCCUUAAAGUACUGUACACACAGUUAACAGAGAGCAUUACAUUACAGACAGGUGUGCUAAUUUAUGAGAUGAUGUUUUUUUGCUUAGACAUUUAGGUAAGUGCACUUUUUUUUGAUAAACUCCAAAAUGGCAAAAAAAAGAAAAAAUAAGAAAAGGGAAAACGAAAAAGUUUGAAAGUUUUUAGAUUUUGUUACACAAUUUGCUUUUCUAUGAUAACUCCUCUGGAUGCCAACAUUUUUUUGCGAGUUUGUGCUUGUGAUGGUGUGAUUGUGAUUUUUCCCCUGCAUGCUGGUGUUUUUCUGCUGUCCUCAUUCUCUCUCACAACCAUGCCACGAGAGCAAAAAAAAUGAGAGAUGCAUAUUUUUAUAUAUUAAGAGCAAAAUGUUUAUUUCUUUUUUUUUUUCUUGGUUUGUUUUAAUGUUUUAUAAUAUUUAUGUACAAAAAAACAUGAUAGUUAGUUGCCCAGUUUUCAGGGCUUUGUAACAUUUUAUAAGAAAACAAAACAAAAAAAUAUAGAAUUUAAAACUUUUGCAAACGUACAUUAGCUCCAAAACUAUGCCUUACAUCGUUCUUUCGUAAAAUGAACUGAAGCACAUGCCUUGUUGAGUAACCUUGACGAGUGGCUCCGUCUGUUCCAGCGGUUUUAGCUGUAAAGAUGGGAAUGUGUUAAACUCACUAAAAGUAGUUAGUAUCAAGCCUCAAGCUACGAUUAGAUGUGUGGUUAUCACUUUUGCUGCACUGUACAUUUUUUCUCUGUAUAAAUAUCUCGUCUGAUUAAUAAAUUUCAGUAUGCUGAGUGAACGAGAAAUAUGCAGAGCAUGCAAUCUGGAAUAACAGAGAGCUGCUGAUCAAAAUCUCAUGGGUUUACAGAUGAAAUUAUUAAACUGAAAUACAAUUUAUAAAACUGUCUCAAAAUGUUACUUAUAAGCAUUAAAAACAUUAGUGUGUUAAACAAA